CCGCUAAAUAGGACCAGAAAACACACAUACUAGCUAUAUACUUACAAAAACAUAUAGUGGCAUCCCGUAUUUAUGAGUAUCAACGUUCAUAGUGUGUGCUAAAAUCUGGAAUCUCUGUAAUGCGAGCCGGGUUUAUCGAGGCCCGUCACCGCCCGUAAUAGCUCAGAGGUCAAGGGAUACGAUAGAACUUAUGUAUUUAGACUUUUUUACAACGUUCUGAGCCAUGAUUCUUUUGUAUAUAUCGCCAGGGAGUAGUUGGAGCUCUCAAGAAUAUUAGAAGGGGAUGAUCCACGGCGAAUAGAGGAAGAUGUUUGAAUCCAGCGUGUGGGUGAAGACUUGCCUGGUGGCCGGCACUCUGCUCAUUGGGGCAUAUGUCAUCUUUGGCGGCACUACUGUCACCCGCAGGAAGAGGAGGAAGAAAGAUGUGAUCCCUGGGUUGGCCAACAUCGGGAAUUCCUGUUUCCUUAAUGCCCUGGUGCAGUCCCUUGCGUCCUGCCCACUCUUCAUGACAUGGCUCUCCAGCAGACACACCCAGGCGGCCCCUCCACUCCUCGACACACUGCACAGCCUCCUCAAAGCACUGAAUAACGAGCGAGGGACAGGUGGCGAUGCAUGUGCUGGGGAGGUGCUGGGUGCUCUGCGGGGGCACGGCUGGGUCAUCACAUCAGAGGAACAGGACACACAUGAGCUCUUCCAUGUCCUCACAUCCACUAUCGAGGAUGAGAUUUUGAGUGGGGCUCCCGUCCCUUCCCUCCUGGACAUCUCUUGGCUGGAUGUGAGGCGGGAGGAGACACCAGGCAAGGGAGUGGCUCUAAAGGCAGCUGUGUGGACACUGAAUACUACCACUGUUGAGGCUUUGGCCAUGAAGAGCAGUGUGCUUUUAAAGGAGAAGCUGAAUGGCAUCUUGUGUGGGCAUGUGCAGGACUUGGCUCACUUUAGGCUGAGUGAAGAGCGUGGUGGUGAGGGUAGUGAGAGAUGUGGGAGUGAGAUUAGUGCGGAGUGUGGCAGUUGGGAGGGUAGUAAGAGGUGUGGGGGUAGUGAGACCAGAGUGGAAAGCGAGAGAUGUACCAAUGGUGAAGGAGCGCCAAACUGUGAUAAGGAAGGUUGUGAGUCCCGUGCCAUACUCCCAGGCCAGUGCAGUGAUAAUACACAGGACGCCCAGAAAGAGGGAGUCAUCACUAAUAGGUUAAGCAGCAGAAACUCAAGUGGGGAGAAGACUGGUGAUGUGGAGCAGAAAUCUGAAGGUGUGUGUGAAGUGAGUGAUGAGAGGUUGUGUUCUGUCACUCCCAGGUGUGACAGUAAGAACAUAGUAGUACCUAACACACCCCUCCACAAGCCAUCCAGAAAGCACAUACCUGAGGCAGAAGUGAUGCAGGGCACCGACAACGUCCGCAAGAAAACUCGCAGUGAGCACCAGCAUGACAUACCUUUCCGUGGCUACCUGGCCAGUCAGCUGCAGUGCACCAUUUGUGGCCACAAGAACCCGGCGCAGUGGAGCAGCUUUGAGUCCCUGUCGCUGUCCCUGCCAUCCCUGCCAUGGGGUGAGGUGAGCCUUCAGGAGCUGUUGGGGACCUACAUCACCAGGGAGCAUGUGUCUGGGGUGAGCUGCGAGGGCUGUACACGUAUGGCUGCAAUGCCUGUCAAGACCACCUUCACCAAGCAGCUCACCAUCGGGAAGCUACCAGACUGCCUGUGUUUUCAUGUGAAGCGGACCGUCUGGCUGGAGAACGGGUCGGCCAUCAAGAGGAGGGAUCACGUCACCUUCCCGGAGUUUCUGGUGAUGGACCCGUACACCUACACCACCUCCAUCACUGCCAAGAGCCAGCAAGGAACAGGAAUACAGAACAAAGUGCCAUCCGAGGAUACUGGCAGCGGGUUUCUGGAGAACCACAAAAUAACAGCUUUAAGUCAGUAUGCCACAGCGUCCCACUCAGAAUCAAGUCCCAUGUUGUAUGUGGGCCCGGUGCAGUGCGACCAGCUGUACAAACUUCAGGCAGUGAUUGUGCAUGUGGGAGACGUGUUUUGUGGACACUUUGUCACAUACCGCCGGGGACCAAUCAACUCUCGCAGCAAGAACAGAUGGUUCUAUACCUCUGACUUGUUGGUGCGGGAGGCCAGUCUGGAGGAGGUAAGGAAAGCUAACGCGUACAUGAUCCUCUAUGAGAAGGUAGCAUGAAUAGGAGGUACAUCUGCGCUCAUGUUGUACCAUCUGUGUACGUGACUAACCAUCUGUGUAUACGUAGUUAUUAAGUGUGUGCGUGUGUGUGUGUGUAUGUGUGUGUGUGUUUAGAUGGAAGGUUUGAAAAAAGACAUAGUGUAGACAUUUAAAGUACUAGUUUUGUAUAGUAUGUUUUUUGUCAUAACUGUUGCCAUUGUUAGAGUAAGAAGAACGUUCCUCUCGACCAAUGCCCCCAGCUAGUCAGUCAUCCACCAGUCAUAUCGUUUACUCUGCUCAAUCCUGACAACACAAUCGUGACUAGAUUCAGCUCCUUAUUUUUAUACAUAGGGUAACCAGCCCCUCGGUAAGUCUCCCUGUCCAAUGGCUGCUAUUAGUGGCUAUUGUCAUAUCUAAGUCUCCAUCAGAGUACAUGUGUCUAUCGGUCUUGUGGUUACGCUAACAAAGAUCUCUAGCCAGCCGGCCAGCUCACCGUACAUGGCUGUCUUGUUCUCAUUCUCGUGUGGAGCUUUUGUGCUUAAAAUCGUCCAUGCUGUGUUCUUAAUUGUAGCAUAAUGUGAAUAUAUAUACAGAGGUCAUUGUUAAUUUUACAAAUUAUACAUGUGAGUGUGAUACCA